CGUCCGAACUCGGCGGACGGCGGACGGCAAGGCAGUGCAGGGCGGCUCGUAAACUCGUAUACGUGGUGCGCGCGGGUGCACACGCGCUAUAAUGUCCGCCUACGUGGCCGCCGAGGUUCCCGCGGGUCGCGGAUCGUCCAGCGGCUGGCCGACGUAGUGACGUAGAGUGCCGUCGCGAGUUCCAUCGUCGUGGUCCCCGCUCGCGCUCGCCGCGCGUCUCGCUCCCUUUCCUCCGCGCGAAAGGGAAAGGAUCCCGUCUCGCGACCGAGGAGGACGUGUCCUCGGCCACCCUUUGGCAUCCCCUCGCUCGGUCUCCCCCGCCCCCUCUCCCCGGCGCUCUCCUUCCGUUCGCCGUCGAGAAGAGAGAGACGAACGAGAGGGAAUAUCGCCGUCAGCACCGCCGCUGGCUUGAUCCGACGUUAAGUUAAAAAGGGAAGAAGAGAAAAGAAUACAGGGAAAAUGUCGUCGGUUAAGGUGGCGGUGAGGGUACGGCCCUUCAACUAUCGCGAGAUCAGUCGUGAGGCACAAUGUAUCAUAGAAAUGACGGGGAGUACUACUUCCAUAGUGAAUCCGAAAGCUACGCAAGGAAGCAAAGAAGCGGUCAAGAGCUUCAACUAUGACUAUUCCUACUUUUCUAUGGACCCAAAUGACGAGAACUACUCGACUCAGCUCAUGGUUUACAAGGACAUCGGUGAAGAAAUGUUGGAACACGCUUUCGAAGGCUAUAACGUUUGCAUUUUUGCAUACGGCCAAACUGGCGCCGGUAAAUCUUACACCAUGAUGGGCAAGCAGGAAGAAGGGCAGGAAGGAAUAAUACCACAGAUCUGCAAGGAUCUGUUUAGAAAAAUCAGCUAUACGUCUAAUGAGCGAUUAAAGUAUUCGGUAGAAGUGAGUUAUAUGGAAAUCUAUUGCGAGAGGGUGCGCGAUCUGUUGAAUCCGAAAAACAGGGGAAAUCUUCGAGUGAGGGAACACCCUCUCUACGGACCCUACGUCGAGGAUCUUUCCAAGCUGGCAGUAUUGUCCUACGAAGACAUUCACGAUCUCAUAGAUGAGGGCAACAAGGCCAGGACUGUCGCAGCAACCAACAUGAACGAAACGUCUAGCAGAUCGCACGCAGUUUUCACGAUAUUCUUUACACAGCAGCAACAGGACAGUGCCACUGGUUUGAUGACGGAAAAAGUUAGCAAAAUAUCACUGGUCGAUCUGGCCGGAUCCGAGAGAGCUGAUUCGACGGGCGCGAAAGGGACACGAUUGAAAGAAGGAGCCAAUAUUAAUAAGAGUUUGACGACUCUCGGGAAGGUUAUCAGUGCCCUGGCCGAAAUUGCGGCGACGAAAAAGAAGAAGAAAGCCGAUUUUAUACCGUACAGAGACUCCGUUUUAACAUGGUUGUUGCGCGAGAACUUGGGCGGAAAUUCAAAAACUGCUAUGAUCGCGGCAGUUAGUCCUGCCGAUAUCAAUUACGAUGAGACGCUUUCAACCUUACGAUACGCGGACAGAGCGAAACAGAUCGUCUGCAAAGCCGUGGUCAACGAGGACGCAAAUGCCAGACUUAUCAGAGAACUCAAGGAGGAGAUACAGAAACUGCGGGAGCUUCUGAAGCAGGAGGGCAUCGACGUACAAGAAGGGCCAGAUGGCAAAGUUACAUACGAAAAGAGAGAUAGGGACGAAAUUAUCAGGACGAACAAGCGAAACGAGGAGGACACCAAGGAGACACGACCGAGGAUUUCUUCGCACACCACAUCCACUAUUGCCGAAGAGGCGGUCGAACAAUUGCAGGCGUCCGAGAAAUUAAUCGCGGAAUUGAACGAAACUUGGGAGGAGAAGCUGAAGCGAACCGAAUCGAUCCGCCUGCAGCGCGAGGCGGUGUUCGCCGAAAUGGGGGUCGCCGUGAAAGAGGAUGGCGUCACGGUCGGUGUUUUCUCUCCUAAGAAGACACCACACUUGGUAAAUCUGAACGAGGACCCUCUCAUGUCGGAGUGUCUCAUCUACUACAUCAAGGACGGACUCACGCGCAUCGGCAGCGCCGAAGCGCAGGUGCCCCAGGAUAUCCAGCUGUGUGGCCCGCACAUACUCAGGGAGCACUGCGUCUUCGAGAAUCACGAGGGAAUUAUAACUCUUAUACCGAAAAACGGCGCCUUGAUUUACGUCAAUGGUCGCGAGGUAACCGAGGCACUUAUCCUAACGACCGGCUCCCGUGUCAUCCUGGGGAAAAGCCACGUUUUCCGAUUUAACCACCCAGACCAAGUGCGCGAACGGAUAGCGAACGGAUCCCCGGCGGAAACUCCCGGCAAUAACGAACCGUUAGCGGACUGGAAUUUCGCGCAGGUCGAGCUAUUAGAGAAACAGGGUAUCGAUCUAAAGGCUGAAAUGGAUAAGAGACUGCUCGUACUAGAGGAACAGUUCCGUAAAGAGAAGGAGGAAGCUGAUCAACUGUUCGAAGAGCAGCGAAAGAGCUACGAAGCGCGGAUAGACGCGCUGCAGAGGCAGGUGGAGGAACAAAGUAUGACAAUGUCUAUGUAUAGCAGUUACACGCCAGAGGACUUCAAUAACAUCGAGGAGGAUAUUUUCGUCAACCCAUUGUUUGACGCAGAGAGCAACUGGACGGAGAGAGAGUUUCAACUGGCCGCUUGGGCCUUCCGCAAGUGGAAAUAUCAUCAAUUCACGAGUUUACGGGACGAUCUUUGGGGCAACGCGAUAUUCCUUAAAGAGGCUAAUGCUAUAUCCGUUGAACUAAAAAAGAAGGUCCAAUUCCAAUUCACCUUGCUCACCGACACCCUUUAUUCGCCCCUACCUCCGGAUCUUUUGCCCGCUAUGGACGAAGAAGAGGAGGACGAGAGACCAUUCCCACGCACGAUCGUCGCCGUUGAGGUUCAAGAUACGAAAAAUGGUGCUACGCAUUACUGGACGUUGGACAAACUAAGGCAAAGGCUGGAGCUGAUGCGCGAGAUGUAUCACAACGAGGCCGAGCUCUCACCUACGUCGCCGGACUUCAAUAUCGAAUCCAUCACGGGGGGCGAUCCGUUUUACGACCGAUUUCCGUGGUUCCGCAUGGUCGGCAGAGCUUUCGUAUACCUGAGCAACCUCAUGUACCCGGUGCCACUAAUCCACAAAGUGGCCAUCGUGAACGAAAAGGGCGACGUCAAGGGUUACUUGCGAGUCGCCGUACAGGCCGUAGUCGAAGAGGAAAACAGCGAAUACUCAAGUGGCGUGAGACAAUCGGCACGAAUCUCCUUCGAGGACGACUUGUUCGGCGGGCACAAGCACAACAAACGCAGCUCGCUUCUGGCUCAGACUCUAGAGAAGAAUCGGCAGAUCAUGCUGCACGAGGAACGCGUGGUCGAGGGGCACAACGAGAUCAAUCAGAAGGACAUGAAGGACGAGGACGACAUAGGAGACGCCGACAGCGGCAGGGGCGACAGCUCGGUCUCGAGCGACAUGAAGGAGGAAGAGCUGCCGGAUCACUUGCAGCCCGGUGCAGAAUUCACUUUCAGGGUAACGGUCCUACAAGCUAUGGGUAUCUCCACGGAGUACGCUGACAUUUUCUGUCAGUUCAACUUCCUACAUCGACACGACGAAGCUUUCUCGACGGAGCCGGUGAAGAACACGGGCAAGGGUAAUCCACCCGGAUUUUAUCACGUACAGAACAUUACAGUCACGGUUACGAAAUCCUUCUUGGAAUAUCUGAAGACUCAACCUAUCGUCUUCGAAGUGUUCGGUCAUUAUCAGCAGCAUCCGUUGCACAAGGACGCGAAACUGGAAUACAGCGUACGACAGCCACCGAAGAGAAUGCUUCCGCCAUCCAUACCGAUCAGCCAGCCGGUUCGUUCGCCGAAAUUUGGGAGCGUCCUGCCGUCUCCCAGCACGUCGCACGUGCACGCCAAGUACGACGUGCUGGUGUGGUUCGAGAUCUGCGAGUUGGCACCGAACGGCGAGUACGUGCCGUCGGUGGUGGACCACAGCGACGAUCUGCCGUGUCGCGGACUGUUCCUGCUCCACCAGGGCAUACAACGGCGUAUACGAAUCACCAUUGUGCACGAGCCGGCUUCCGAAUUGAGGUGGAAGGACGUGCGCGAGCUCGUGGUCGGCCGCAUUCGUAACACCCCGGAACCCGAGGAGGAGGACAACGACUCGUCCGUGCUCUCGCUGGGUCUGUUCCCGGGCGAGUACCUCGAGAUUCCCGGCGACGAUCGAACCAUGUUCAGAUUCGAGGCAGCCUGGGACAGCUCCCUGCACAACUCGGCCCUGCUCAAUCGAGUCACGUCUUACGGGGAGCAAAUCUUUAUGACCAUCUCCGCAUAUCUUGAGCUGGAGAAUUGUGGAAGACCUGCGAUUAUCACGAAAGAUCUGAGCAUGAUCAUCUACGGAAGGGACGCAAGGGUCGGGCCACGCUCGCUCAAGCAUCUGUUUAGCGGCAGCUAUCGCAAUCAGGAGGCGAAUCGGCUCAGCGGCGUUUACGAACUGGUGCUACGCCGUUCUUCGGAAGCAGGUAGCCCAGGAGUUCAAAGGCGUCAGCGACGCGUCUUGGACACGAGCUCCACGUACGUCAGAGGCGAGGAGAAUCUACACGGAUGGAGACCGCGUGGAGACAGUCUCAUAUUUGAUCAUCAGUGGGAGCUCGAAAAGUUGACGAGGCUGGAGGAAGUUGAGAGAGUGCGGCACACGUUGCUGCUGCGGGAGAAGCUCGGCAUUGACAAAGUACCGUUCUGCAAUAAACCUCUGCACGAUUUCACAAAGAGCGAAAAGGAUGUGUGUAAUAUGGUGGCAAAGGCCACGAAUGAGCCGCAUGCCAGCCCGGUGAAGCUGAACCGUUCAACGAGUACGAAAGACGUUUACGAACCCUGGGAGAUGACCGAGAAGGAGCGCGAGUUGGCGACCAAGUACAUUAAACUCAUCCAGGGACGAAUCAAGGAGCCGAUAUUGCUCACCGACGUUUCGCCCGGGGAAGACACCAUAACCGAUCUGUCCGCGUCUAUGAUGUCCUCGGUCAUAUCGUCCUCGUCUCAAGAGUCAGUAUAUGCGAGAGCUAGCGAUUUGUUAGAGCAGGCUGCUGGUAUAGUAGUAUGGAGCAGGUCUAAGUCGUGCCUCCUUAGGUUGAGCUCGCCGGAGAGGGCUAGACUGCAAGAGCUUCAGGAGAGUAUAUUGGCGAGCGAGUCGGCUAAUCAGACCUGCACUGUCGCGCCGCCGCCGCUCGGAUCGUCCUCGCCGUCGAAGGAGAACCUGGUGCUGUACGUGCCGGAGGUGGAGGAGAUACGCAUUAGCCCGGUCAUCGCGCGGAAGGGCUACUUGAAUGUUCUCGAGCACAAGACCAACGGCUGGAAGAAACGCUGGGUGGCCGUCCGCCGACCGUACGUUCUCAUUUUCCGGGAGGAGAAAGAUCCCGUUGAAAGGGCAUUAAUUAAUUUAGCUACAGCUCAAGUUGAAUACUCCGAGGAUCAGUUGGCCAUGGUAAAAGUGCCGAACACCUUCAGUGUUGUCACCAAACACAGGGGAUACUUACUGCAGACUUUAGGCGAUAAGGAGGUCUACGAUUGGCUGUAUGCGAUUAAUCCUCUUCUAGCUGGUCAAAUUAGGUCAAAGCUCGCCCGCAAGGGUCCGGCUGCCCCGAAUCUGAGCAACGGCGCGCCGAUUGGACUGACACCGCAGCUGGAGCAGCAGAGCAAUCAGACCAAGUGAGUGGUCGACACUAUGGCCGGGGUAAAGAGUGCAAUAGCUAAGGCGUCGGAAAGAAUGCUGUAUUGGUCACACUCGGCCUUAGAGUCCCAAGACUUCUGUAACUUUCGAUUCCCGCUAGUCUUUGAUUGACCGGGCGAUGGCGAAGCUGUCCCUUGAGACCACUCCAUGAUCGGCGGCAUAUAAUAUCGACGUUUUACUUUACACAGCGUCCCCUUAGCACGUUAUAGGGCAGUCAGAGCAGGGUGAAGGAGAAGGCAGGGAAGAUAGUGCUCGUCUUUCGAAGAAGUUACAAAUGCGCGUACAAAUUCAUUCGGUUACACUGUACUGAGAAAAAAAAAUGCGUUUUCGAGUCUCUCCGUACAUUUCGAACUUGCAUUCGAAAUGCCCCCCACGUCGACGAGACACGAGGUCGCGCGCGCGCGCGCGCGCGAAUGUUUUCCGUUGAACUCUCAUUUCCGUGAUGCGUAUACGCGACGUAAUUACGCGAUGCUCUUACGCGACGUGUGAGGAAGAUAGAAAAUGCAUUUAUGCCUAAUAAACAUAUUCCUAAGACGAUCACUGAAAAUCGGGAUAAGGAAUACAUGUUAUAAAUAUAUCUGUAGAGGAGAAAGUGUGCAAGAGAGGGAGAGAAAGAGAACAAUAAAAAGAG